GGUUGAUCUAGGGGAGGUUUUACGUCUAAGUGAAAUUUUUUUCCUGUUGCAAGAGAAUCACCACCUCAUUGGCUUAUCUUUUCGAAGUUGAAGUCAAUGUAGGGAGGUAACAGUUGGCAUCGAAAGGUAUUCGUCCAAAGGAAAAGCGGAAAAGCAGAGGAAAGGUGGUUAAGUCCUCUGAAAGUCAAAAUGGCUGCAAGUGCUUUGGGCAUUAGUGCUCCAAACUUGUCCUGCCCAGCUGGUGCUGAAGAUGUCUUUGAUGAUGAAAUGAAGUUGCAAAAGAUAAACCUUAUGAUGCAAUACCUACCACUGACACAGUCUCGUUCACGGCGACCUCUCUCUCUAGAUGAUUGUGUUGUUGCUGAAGAAUAUUUGAACAAGUCUCCUCAUUCCUGGGACUCUGGCAUUUUCUCACCAUUAUCACUGUCAUCCAGUUCACUUUCCAGUAGUGAUCAAACUUGGAUGUCACCACCUCCUUCAUCACGACUUACCAGCUCACCAAAGCCAAAAGCAAAGAAACAAUUGUUUUCAUUCCCAGCAGCCCCAUACCAGGAUGUUUUUUCUGACCCUUCCAUGGAAUCUAUAUUUGGUGAUAUACAUGAAGAUAUUGGUGUGUCUUGGAAAAUACUUGGACGCUAUAUGCUGAAAAGAGAAUGCAUUCUCAAUAACAUUGAUGAAGAUUACAAGGGUGUUGGAGAGAAAGCAUACCAGUUUCUUUUGAAGUGGAAAGCAGAGGUUGGGGAAGCUGCCACUCCUCAAAAGCUGUUUCUGUCAGUGUUGCAUAUUAAGCGCACAGAUGUUGCCAAGAAGUUGAUGACUUUAGUUCCUUCGCUUCAAGGCUUGUCACAUCUAGUGAUAGACAGUGCUAUUAAAAGUGAAAGUAUCCUAUAUAACUGGAAGGAAGAACCUGAGAAUUUAAAAGUAGAGAGGGUGUUGAGUGAAGAUAAAAAGGUUCUUGUGUGUUUAAGCACAGUGACAUCCCAAAGGUUGGUCCUCAAACAAGAAGAGGGUGAAGUGGAGGCUUAUGCUGUGAGAAAGUGCAUAGAUUGUCAGGUGCUAAGAAAACAAAGCCAGCGUUUGCGCAAAACUGAAGAAUUUCUCAAGGACUUAGAAAUGAAGCAAAAGAUGAUACAAAAUCUGCUUGCUGUCAUCAAACAACUCCAGAACCACCUGCUGAAUCAGCAUCAGUACAUCUCUGGACAAAAAUUCAGCUGUCAAAACUGUGGACAGUACACAUUAAAACAAGACCUUGUCCAAAAAGAGUUGACUCUUUUACACUAUGAACUGGAAAGGAUGAGCCAAACCAGAAACAGGCGAAUCUCAAUCAGUGGUAUUCCCUCUGAAAGAAUCUUCAACUUAGCAACUAGGACAUAUUCAGUAUGCGAAGAGCAUCGGGAAAUGCACUUGGAUAGUAAGAGACGACAAAGCAUGUGUCAGCAUUCUGAAGAGACAAUGGACUCUGAUGACAAUGAUCACAUUGAAGGACCACUGAUGUGUGCAUUAAAUGUGAUAAUUGGUAUUGGUAGAAGACGAAAAGUUACUCAGUCUUUGAAAAGCAAAAAGACCACUUCUGGGGCCAAGAAGAAGCUAGGGAAGGCCAACAGUAAUCCUAUUUCAUCAUCAUCAUCAUCGUCGUCAUCAUCAUCAUCAUCCUCAAGACAAAGCUACUUACUAGCACAAGAAAACCCCAUAUUUAUGCCAAGUUUUGUUCACUCGCUUGACUGGUCAGGUGUCCCAGCAUUUAAGAUGUCAUCUGACUUCAAGAGUCCUGUAUCUGGUGGGAACUCCAGGCACCAGGAGCAGCCCAACCACAAGAAAGCUUAUGCAAACCUUGCUGUAACUUCACACAGUGAUGAUAAUGAUCAGUUCCUCCCUCUUAAGUGGCAUAAUGAUCCAGACACAGAAGAGAUGAUUAUAUAGGUGGCUCAUGGAAGUGAGAUCUUUGUCCUCAACAGCAUCAGCUGUAAAAACUCACACUCUGCACGUAUAAUAUCUACAUGGACUAUUAACUGUGGUACAUAUCUUUGUUUCUGUGUGGUUAUGAUAUGCAAUGCUAUGUAAUAAUAGUGUUUGGCAGAUACUUGUUUCAUUAGUUUAGUCAGUGUUUUUCUGUUUAGGUACAUGUAAAUAGAUGAAGAUUUUCUCUAGUUUUGUAUCAAAAGUUUUUUUAAUCUUUUGUAGGAGCUUAGAAAUAUCUUUAGUACGGCUUUUUUCGUCUCGCUAGGGCAUGACAUUGCAAAUUUGUUCUAAAGUUUUAAGUAGCAGUAAUGAACUGAAGAGCAAUAGCAACAAUAUUAGUACGCUGCAUAAAAUGUACGUUUCAUACACGAUCGAUUUCUGUGUGAAAUUCCGUCUGUCCAAUGACUUGACUCUAAAAUUAUUACAUUUAUCGACUACAAUAUCGUAUGGCAAAAAUUAUGACCGUAAAUCUGUGCGUAAAAAACCAAGGAAAACUAAUUUAGAAUUUUAUCGUUAUUUUUUGUUGUACCUAUGCAAUUCCGCCAAUUUCAGUGAGCACUCAACGCAAUGUUUCCUUCUUAAAAGACAUUUUUAAAUGCACUUUUUACCGCUAACCUGUACGUGCAGUCAAAGAGAAGUUUUACCAAGCUGGGUUGAACCCAGCGAUCCCCGCAGGCGGUCAAAAUAGUGUCAUCUAGCAGUACGGGUUAUUCAGAAAGUUGUUUGUUAUCUUUUUGUGAGAGGGUAGAAACUAACAAUAGUUCAUUUUCACGUGUUUCGUUCGAUUUGUACGUAUCGUCUAGAAAAUAGUUGAAAUAAGUUCCGAGACUGCGCAAUAAAAGACAUACACUGUAUGGCUAACACUCGUGAUCGCCAUAAAUGAAACAAAAAAAAGAGUUGACAAAAAUUAUAUUUUUACCAAGUGUAAAAAUAAUGGUUGCACUUUUUAAAAGCUAAGACCCAAAACAGCUGAAAUCAGUUACGGCAUUAUAACCAUUGUUCAGUAGUUGUGUCUGAAACUGAAGUUUGGGUAGCUAAGUGGUAGUUGCGUAAAAUGUUCGUCUUUUGGUAGUUAAAGAUAACGCUGCAUGACGCUAAUGAUUACUUAAUUCACACACGUCUUAAUGUAUAUCUUUUAUUUUUUUGUUAUUUAUGUUACAGUGUCCCCAAUUAGCAACACCAUGCUAAAGUUACACGACACUCGAAUAAAGUUAAUUUAUUUGUUUUUAUUUUUAUUUACGCUAUCGAUAGCUCACCCCAUUUAAAUUGAAACUGACGUUGUUAUUGACGUUUCCUUUUUUUAGUUAUGGGUCAGUUGAUCCCUGUAAAAUAGGAUCUAUGUAUUGUCUUUUCUUCCGUAGUGUUAAAAAUUUAUUAAAGGAUGUAGCCGUCACUUUGAUAAAGACGAAGAAUUCGUAUUUCUAGAUAGAAUCUGGCACAAGAGGCUGGUCCUCGCCAGCACAAUAGUUAUGAACAUUAUUAUUUUUAAUGUUUCCAUUUUUAAUAAAACAAUUAAGAAUUGUG